AGACUAGAGCCACUCUCUCCUUUUCAUUUCCAUGUCUUCUUCUCUCUUCUUUAGUCACUCACCCAUCCAUUAAAAAACUCCAAAGUCACAAUCUUUUUAAACAAUUAACAAUCAACUAACCAAACCCAGAUCGAAUUACCUCAUCCCCGGCAUGAAUACCCGCCGGAAAAUCAAACUCCGGUUACCACCCCAACCGGUGAAUGCAAAAAAUUAAUAGAAACAGCCAACAAAAACUGUCAUUUUUAAGCCUAAAGUUCUUUUUUUAUUGAUUUUAAAACAAUAAUGGCUACAACUAACUCGGCAACUACUACACCAGUGGACUCAGCAGCAGCAGCAGCAACAUCAGACGAGGUUAACGCAAAAGCUGUACACAAGAGAUACGAAGGUUUAGUAAUGGUUAGAACCAAGGCUAUUAAGGGUAAAGGCGCGUGGUAUUGGGUACACUUAGAGCCUCUCUUAGUUCAUAGCACAGACACCGGUUUACCCAAAGCAGUUAAACUCCGGUGUUCUUUAUGUGACGCUGUUUUUUCUGCUUCUAAUCCUUCAAGAACUGCUUCUGAACAUCUUAAACGUGGCACUUGUCCGAAUUUUAAUUCUUUGCCUAAACCCAUUUCUUCUAUCUCCCCUUCUAAUACCCCGCCGCCGCCGCCGCCGCUUCCCACCGUGGCUUCACCGUCGAGUGGCGGCACUUGUGGCGUGGUUGCUCCGGUUCCUUCUGUGGUAGUGCAUAAUAAUAGAAAACGUUCGGCUGGUGCAAGUUCUACUUCACCAUAUAGUUCUGUUGCUCUUAAUACUAGCUCUUAUCAAGUGAAUAAUCAGUUGGCUGUUGUUGAUCCGACAAGAUUUUCAGUUGAUUUAGCUGUGUUGCCUCAGCAUCAGCAUCAGCAGCAGCAGCAGCAUUUGAUGCUGUCUGGUGGGAAAGAUGAUUUGGAUGCCUUAGCUAUGCUGGAGAACAGUGUUAAGAAGUUGAAGUCUCCUAAAACUUCUCCUGGUCCGGCUUUGAGUAAGUCUCAGAUUGAUUGUGCUCUUGAUUAUUUAGCUGAUUGGGUUUAUGAGUCUUGUGGGUCGGUUUCUUUUUCUGCUCUUGAACAUCCUAAGUUUCGUGCAUUCUUGAACCAAGUUGGUUUGCCUGGUGUUUCAAGAAGAGAGUUUUUUGGCGGUAGGUUGGAUGUUAAGUUUGAAGAAGCUAAAGCUGAGUCUGAGGCAAGAAUUAGAGAUGCUAUGUUUUUUCAAAUUGCAUCUGAUGGUUGGAAAGUUACUAAAAGUGAGUUGAAUUUGGUAAAUUUGACUGUGAAUUUGCCUAAUGGGACUAGUUUGUAUAGAAGAGCUGUGUUUGUUAAUGGCUCGGUUCCGUGUAAGUAUGCUGAAGAGGUUUUAUGGGAGACUGUUUCAGGAAUUUGUGGGAAUUCUGUGCAGCAAUGUGUAGGUAUAGUGGCAGACAGGUUUAAGGCUAAAGCAUUAAGGAAUUUAGAGAAUCAGAAUUACUGGAUGGUUAAUCUUUCUUGUCAAUUUCAAGGGUUCAUUAGUUUGAUUAAGGAUUUCAGCAAGGAGCUUCCUUUGUUUAAAUCUGUUACUGAAAACUGCUUCAAGCUUGCAAAUUUCAUCAAUAACAAGACCCGAAUUCGAAGUUGUUUCCAUAAGUAUCAAUUGCAGGAGUAUGGACACGCGGGAUUAUUGCGAGUGCCAUUGCAUGAAUACGAGAAGAUGGAUUUUGGUCCUGUGUUUACUAUGCUAGAGGAUAUCUUGAGCUCGGCUCGAGCAUUGUCAAUGGUUUUGCUGGAUGAAUCUUAUAAGACAGUGUCCAUUGAGGAUCCAACGGCUAGGGACAUUGCUGAAAUGAUUAGCGAUGUGGGGUUUUGGAAUGAAAUGGAAUCUGUGCAUACACUAGUCAAGUUGAUCAAGGAAAUGGCUCAAGAGAUCGAAACAGAACGGCCAUUAGUCGGACAAUGCCUGCCACUUUGGGAUGAACUAAGAGCAAAAGUGAAGAGCUGGUGCUCAAAGUUCCACAUUGCAGAAGGAGUGGUGGAGAAAGUGAUAGAAAGGCGGUUCAAGAAGAAUUAUCAUCCUGCUUGGGCUGCUGCAUACAUACUUGAUCCGCUUUAUUUGCUCCCAGACACGAGUGGCAAAUACCUUCCUCCAUUCAAAUGCUUGACCGCUGAGCAGGAGAAGGACGUUGACAAGCUCAUUACCAGGCUAGUCUCUAGGGAGGAGGCUCAUAUUGCAUUAAUGGAACUAAUGAAAUGGAGAACAGAAGGGCUUGAUCCGGUGUAUGCAAGAGCUGUCCAAAUGAAAGAACGAGAUCCGAUUACUGGAAAAAUGAGAAUGGCCAAUCCGCAAAGUAGUAGGCUCGUGUGGGAGAGGUAUCUUACCGAAUUUAAAUCACUAGGAAAAGUUGCAGUUAGGCUUAUUUUCCUUCAUGCUACUGCCUGCGGAUUCAAAUGCAAUUGGUCUUUGUUGAAAUGGGUGUAUGCUAAUGGACACUCAAGAGCAGCAUUGGACAAGGCACAAAAGUUGAUAUUCGUUUCAGCUCACUCUAAACACGAAAGGCGUGAUUUUUCUAGCGAUGAAGAUAAGGAUGCAGAGCUUUUCGCAUUGGAAAAUGGAAUAUCUUAGCAGACAAGAAUUAGGAGCAGGUUUCAGUUCUAGAACUAUUCGACAAAGAUAUGGUUGGACUCGAAAGGCCACCAUAAGACGGUUGGUGACUAGUAGAAUGAGAUGCACCAUGAUUAAAGGUGGAAUGCUGUCAUAAGCAUCCAAGAAGGGGCUUGACUCGAGAAGUUAGUCGAACGAGCUGGUUGGGUGAAUGGCGAGUCAGGUUCCGAAACGUGGGUCAAGGAUCUCGGAAAGGCCUCAGAAUUCGUCUUUAUAGCUGGAGUCAUAACUGUUUAUCUAUUAUUCUUCAUCACCUCAAUCUAAAUUGCCUGGUUUUUGUGUGUUUGGAAAUGUGUAGCCCCACCAUGAAGAAGUGGAAGUCUUUUUCCAUAAUUUGGUUUCUAUUGGAGACAGAAAGAAAGAAAAGAAAUGAAGGUUUUUUUUUGCCUAUCAAAUCAUCUUUGUAGUAAUUGAGCAAUGCCUCUCCAUAAUUGCAAGAAAAAGUGUUUAAAGGACCCCAAAGCCAAUGGAAGACUGUCGGCUUGAAGACGCUCAACCUGAUUCUGCACCAAAAACGUUUAUGAAAUUCCGAAAAUUUACAUCUAUAACAUAUUCUUAUAAAAAAUAUUGUUUUGCUGUUAUAAUAUUUCUAACGUUUCCGUGUAGCAUAGUUGAUUAGAAAUUCAAUGGCGUCUGCUUAUUGAUUACUGUGAGAAAUUUUUUUAUGAUAUAUCUAAAUUGUAUUGUUGAAUUCUGAUUUGGUUUUCACUUAUUGAUAAAUCUUUUAGAAUA